GACCUCCCCCUUCCCGUGGUGUUGCCUGGAGAGAAAGGGAAAUAUUGGAUCUCCUCUCAUUCUGGGGGGAGGAAAAAAUUCAGGAGGCGCUGAAGAGUUCCUACCGGAAUAUAGAUUACUUUGAGCACAUUGCAUCCCAGAUGGCCUCUUGGGGACAUAAGUGAUCAGCCAUGGAGUGCAGGUCAAAGACUAAAACAAUGAGACUUGACUACAAGAAAGUGGUGGCUCACAAUUCAACUUCUGGAAAUGCUCCCAUCACCUGCCCGUUUUUCCGAGAGCUUGACAGCAUUCUCUGGGGGGAUGCAAGCGUGAAACCUAAAAGAGUGGCCAGAAGCCUUGACGUUGUGUCAGUGCGGCGGAACCCUGAAGAGCCAUUACCAGUAUCCUUUGGUUCGGAGGAACUAUUUUCACAUGACCUUCUCACCAUUGACCACUGUCAACUUAGAAGCUCCUCUCCCUUUCCAGAAGGUGAGAGCACUGGUGUUCCUGUUGGCGAGCCGGAAAAUGAUAUGGAUGCCACUGUGGAGGGCCUCGGUGACAAGGAGGAUGAUGAACCAUGUCCAGAUGCUCAGGAGGAACCGCUAGUCGAAAGUAGCUCAAGCACAUCGGGACUUGGAAGCGGAAGAGAAUCACCAGUGAGAUCCGUGGCAGAGCUGUCGCCCGGCACACGCCUGUCGGCAAUUAGAAGCAGGAAACGUAGAAAUGCUGGUCUUUUUGCUGUGGCGGACAAGAUGAUGUUGCGGUCCGAGCAAGAGCACAAGGCGCAGCUCAGAGAGUCGCGCAUUGGGCUGACACUGCUGUUUGUGUUUCGUAUGGGAGAGUACCCCAUCCUCGGUCAUUGA